CAUUACCAGUCAUGCUGAGCUCUUCGCCAACUAGCUGCAAAACUGCUGAAAGCUGCUCCGGCGCCAAAGUUGGUGGUGAGGAGAGCUGAUUGGGUCCGCCCGACGCCGUAAUAUUCAACCUAUGUUCUUAGUUUGCCAACAUGUGCUCUGCAAAAAGUGAUGCUGACACAGAAAAGCAGCCAAAAGAGCAGGUUGAUUCAUCAUCAAAUGAUGAAGAUAGCCGGAGUGGAUCACCAUCUACCAGGGAAGUGUCGGUUUUGAAGAAAGGACCAUGGACAGCUGCAGAAGAUGCUGUGUUGAUAGAUUUUGUGAAAAAACAUGGAGAGGGGAAUUGGAAUACUGUUCAGAGAAACACUUGGCUCCGUAGGUGUGGGAAGAGUUGUCGUCUACGUUGGGCAAAUCAUCUUAGACCAGAAUUGAAAAAAGGAGCGCUCACUCCAGAGGAGGAGGAAUCCAUUAUUCAAAUGCAUGCUAAAUUUGGCAACAAAUGGGCUCAAAUGGCUGCUCGUUUACCUGGGCGGACUGAUAAUGCCAUAAAAAACUUCUGGAACACGCGAACCAAGAGAAGGCAGCGAGUUGGUUUGCCACUGUACCCACUCAGUAAUUUGCACUCAGGAGCUUCAAAGGAGAAUCAAAUGAACCAGAGUACCACUGUGUUCGGCCAUGGUGACAUAAAUAAUAGUGGAGUUUUGCAGGCUCCCAUUUAUGUGAUGCCAGAAUUCGGAUUCCAUCCUUACAAAACUACUAAUGUUCCAAUAUCUUAUGCUACUCCUUCAUUAGCCAUCCAUUCUACAAGCAUGCUUCAUCAGGGCCUUGGACCUUACACCCGCAGCUUCUUGAAUCAAGGUCAGAGUCAUAUAAAAUCAGAAGCAAGCUUGCCUGGAUACCCCGGCAGCCUUCGCAGUUUUGUUCCCACAUUCAAACAACUCCCAAAUGAGCAUUAUGAAUCUAAGAAUUGGAACCUUGGAUUUGAUUAUUCCUAUGAUCCUGACCCUGAUAAACAGAACCGGAUAUUGUUCGGUCCUUCCAUACCAGGCAGCCAUGAUGGCAACUUCUCUGCUUCCAGGCAGCAUCCGACUGUGAAGCUGGAGCUCCCUUCACUCCAAUGUCCAGAAACUAAUUAUAGUAACUGGACGACAUGCUCAGGUACAUCUCCUUAUUACAUCCAUGUACAAUCUCCUCCAAAAAAUGUUACAUUCCUGCCUGAAUCUGCUUCCCCGAGAAGCAGCGGUCUGUUAGAAGCAUUGGUUCUAGAGUCGCAGACGAUGAACUGUGCGAAGAAUCAGUCAUCUGAGAAAAGCUCCUGUUCUUCUGCUAUCACUCUCAGCGAUAUGAUGGAGAGCACUACAGUUAACUGCACUGCAGAAUGGGAAGAUAGUGAUCAAUGGUCUCCCUUUUCCCAAUCUGCUGUUUCUCUCAUCAAUGAUGGAAACUACAACACGGUCCCAAUCCUGAGCGAUUCUUUCCCUGAAUUUCCUCCUCAAGCUCCUUCAGGUUUGGAGGCAACAAAGGCUAUUGAACAGGUUUCCACCGCCGACAUGCUGGACGAACAGUCGUUCCAAUGGGAUUUUCUGAGUUCUGAUGCUUUUCUUGAAUCAAACUGGAUUUCGAAGGAUUCCAAUGGAGCGAAAGAGACCUCUGAUUCUUCUCGGUGAGGAGUUGAGCACUAGUAGUAUUGAAACUAAUGCCUGAACAUCAUCAACUUCAUUGAUGAAUAACUUCUAGAAAGUUCUAAACUUUCAGUAUGUUUGGUGGUCUACAGUAAUAAUGCGGGAUUGUAUGGAUUGAAACAUCUAAAAAAUAUAUAUUUUUGAACAUUUGAAGAUCAAGUGGAGUGAGGAUUCUGUUUGUAUUUAUAUCUACUGUACAUAUUCUUAGUUUUGUGAU